AUCAGCACCACCGCCAUGCGGGAGAUCGUGCACCUGCAGGCCGGCCAGUGCGGCAACCAGAUCGGGGCCAAGUUUUGGGAGGUGAUCAGUGAUGAGCAUGGCAUCGACCCCACGGGCACAUACCACGGGGACAGUGAUCUGCAGCUGGAGAGAAUCAACGUGUACUACAAUGAGGCCACAGGAGGAAAUUACGUUCCCAGAGCCGUGCUGGUGGACCUGGAGCCUGGCACCAUGGACUCUGUCCGCUCUGGCCCCUUCGGCCAGAUCUUUCGGCCUGACAACUUUGUGUUUGGCCAGUCGGGAGCCGGCAACAACUGGGCCAAGGGCCAUUACACGGAGGGCGCCGAGCUGGUGGACGCCGUCCUGGAUGUGGUCCGGAAGGAGGCCGAGAGCUGUGACUGCCUGCAGGGCUUCCAGCUGACCCACUCGCUGGGCGGGGGCACGGGCUCGGGCAUGGGCACGCUGCUCAUCAGCAAGAUCCGCGAGGAGUUCCCGGACCGGAUCAUGAACACCUUCAGCGUGGUGCCGUCGCCCAAGGUGUCGGACACGGUGGUGGAGCCCUACAACGCCACCCUGUCGGUGCACCAGCUGGUGGAGAACACGGACGAGACGUACUGCAUCGACAACGAGGCCCUGUACGACAUCUGCUUCCGCACCCUGAAACUGACCACGCCCACGUACGGCGACCUCAACCACCUGGUGUCGGCCACCAUGAGCGGCGUCACCACCUGCCUGCGCUUCCCGGGCCAGCUGAACGCCGACCUGCGCAAGCUGGCCGUGAACAUGGUGCCCUUCCCGCGCCUGCACUUCUUCAUGCCCGGCUUCGCGCCGCUCACCAGCCGCGGCAGCCAGCAGUACCGCGCGCUCACCGUGCCCGAGCUCACGCAGCAGAUGUUCGACGCCAAGAACAUGAUGGCCGCCUGCGACCCGCGCCACGGCCGCUACCUGACCGUGGCCGCCGUUUUCCGCGGCCGCAUGUCCAUGAAGGAGGUGGACGAGCAGAUGCUGAGCGUGCAGAGCAAGAACAGCAGCUACUUCGUCGAGUGGAUCCCCAACAACGUCAAGACGGCCGUGUGCGACAUCCCGCCGCGCGGCCUCAAAAUGGCCGCCACCUUCAUCGGCAACAGCACGGCCAUCCAGGAGCUGUUCAAGCGCAUCUCGGAGCAGUUCACCGCCAUGUUCCGGCGCAAGGCCUUCCUCCACUGGUACACGGGCGAGGGCAUGGACGAGAUGGAGUUCACCGAGGCCGAGAGCAACAUGAACGACCUGGUGUCCGAGUACCAGCAGUACCAGGACGCCACGGCCGAGGAGGGCGAGUUCGAGGAGGAGGCCGAGGAGGAGGUGGCCUAG